AUGGCCCUCAUAAAUUCUUUCUGCACUAAACAUAAACACAUACUUAGCAACACAACAACAUUAGACAAAAGAGAAUGCAAACUUACAGAACAACCAGAUAAAGAUGAGGAUGUAGAUCGUGUGAAAAGAUAUACUAACGACGCUGACUACGUAUAUGUCGAUCAUGGACAGGGACAUAACCAAGAAAUCGGAGUUCCUGGUCCUCCUGGGAAACAGGGUGAUAAAGGAAUGAGAGGAUCUCCUGGUCGAGCUGGAUCUCCUGGAUCAAAAGGAGGUAGAGGAGACCCUGGAAAAACCGGACGUGUGGGACCUCAAGGGUCCAAUGGGACUCCGGGAUCAAAAGGUGAAAUGGGAAAUCCUGGGAAAAAUGGUAAAACUGGUGAACAAGGGGCUGCUGGAUCAACUGGAGAAAAGGGAAUGGAUGGAGCCCCUGGCUUCAAUGGAAUGGAUGGAGCAAAGGGAUCACCAGGUAAUGAUGGUAUCCAGGGUGAACAAGGAGAUACAGGACCUGCUGGAGAAGCUGGGAGCACUGGAGACAUUGGGCCAGAAGGACCAUCUGGUCCGACUGGACCUGCUGGACCAAAAGGAGAAAGGGGAAUGAUAGGAGAACAAGGAACACAAGGAGAUGCUGGUCGCACAGGAGAUAAAGGAAACACUGGACGUCGUGGUGAAUCUGGACAAACAGGGCCAUCUGGACCCACUGGUCCAAAAGGAGAAACUGGUUCGUCAGGAAAUGGAGAUAAGGAUCCAAAUGGAGAUGACGUAAAGGAUGGUGUGGAUCCAGAUAAACCUAAAGGUGGACAUUGA